AUGGAAGAGUCGAUUGGCCCACAUUGCAAGGCCCUGGCGUCACCAAAUCCGUGGAAUUUUGCUCUCUCAAUAUGCAUCUUGUUUGGCAUUCUUCUCUCGUAUCUUCCUCAACAUCACAGAAUUAUAUCCCGGCGGUCUUCCUUCGGAAUAUCUCCAUAUUUUAUUCUACUAGGAACUACAUCUGGGACUUUUUCUUUUUCAAACAUCCUUGUGCUCCCAAGAAGUGGAGAAGACAUUGCUUGCUGCAAAGAGAUUGAUGGGUUCUCCUGCUUUGCUGGGCUGUUAGGCAUAUUCCAGGUCGGCGUGCAGGCACUCUGUUUUGCGAUCAUCCUUUUCCUUUUUGUCAUCUUCUAUCCCCGCUCGACCCCUUCCAUUGUUAAGCAAUCCUCGUCCGGGACACACUCCUUCAGAAUUGCCAUCUUAAUCGCUGGAAUAUGUAUUCUUCAGACAAUAGCGACCGCCAUCGUUGCCAUCGUUAUUGUCGUUGCAUAUCCAAACAAGCGUCAAUUUUACGCAAACCUUUUCGGCAUCUUCGCGGCCAUUCUAUCAUCCAUCCAAUACUUCCCUCAGAUCUAUACAACCUUCCGCCUACGCCGGGUUGGCAGCCUGAGUAUUCCGAUGAUGUGCAUCCAAACACCAGGCAGCCUAGUAUGGGCUGCUAGUCUAGCAGCACGUCUAGGUACGGAGGGCUGGAGCACAUGGGGGGUUUAUGUGGUCACAGCCCUACUCCAAGGAACCCUGCUCAUUAUGGGGAUCUAUUUCGAAUAUAUCAAUCCAUCGAAAGCAGAAACUGACGUAAGCCCCACGGAUACUUCGGGAACGGACGAUGGCACCAACGGGGUCGUGGCUCAUCGCGGCAACGAGGAGAACCAUCCUUCAGAAGAAACACCGUUGCUUCAGAGCACUGGGUAA